AUGGACCAACCACGAUUGAUGAUUGGAUCCUUUUUUUGCUCCUAUGUGUUCCGUCUCUAUCAAGGUAAAUAUCGCUCGACACACACAACACACAUUCGAUUCAAGCCAAAAAUCUCACAAGCGAAAAUGUCAGGCACAGCAACAGGCACAGUUGUUGGAAAAGAUGGAUGUGAAAAUGAGACAUUUACCGGCAAUGAAACAUUAACAGUCUGUGUUCAAGAUACUUCUCUCAUGGACGCACCAUCUAGUACACUCGGCGAACAAACAAUAAGCUUGAAAGCAGGACAAACAUUCCCGAUUAAAUAUAGUGUUAGUUAUGACCAAGAAAAAGCAGAUCGACUUCCAGAAUAUGGUUUCACACUAAGUGCAAGAAUUGAAGAUCCAAGUGGUAAACUGCUAUACAUUAAUGAUACAAGAACAAGUGCGAGAGGCGACAAAAUUGAAGUGAAAAAAGUUGUACCUUUCAAUUACGAAUAA